AUGGCUUGCUGGUCAGCAGAAAAUGCCACAAAGGCCUAUCUCAACACAUUGAAAAUGGAUCAAAAGGCCAAAGAGCCUGCAGUUGCUGAGUUUAUAUCAGCACUAGCUGCUGGUAACAAUGCACAACUAAUGGUUGUGGCAUGCUCUGGUGCAGCAGAUUCUACCACACUGGCAUUAGUCACUGCAGCACAUCAAACUGGUGGCCAUGUUGUUUGCAUUGUUCCUGGCCAAGAAGAGCUUAAUGCCUCCAAAAUUGUCCUUGGAAUAGCUACUAGUCAAGUUCAAUUCAUGGUUGGAGAAGCACAAGAACUAAUGCUAUUAAACCAAGCAGAUUUUGUGCUUAUUGAUUGUAAACUUAUGAACCAUGCAGAGAUUCUUAAAGCAGUCCAAGGUGGUGAUGGCAAGCCAAAUGGCACAUUGGUUGUUGGUUACAAUGCAUUUAGUUGCAAAGGGUCUUGGUGGUCUUGUGGAUCAAAAACUCAAUUGUUGCCUAUAGGAAAAGGGUUGCUAGUGACCAGAUUUGGAGCAACUAUCACUAGUCCAAAAUAUGGAUCUAGAAUGAGUAAGACAAGAAGUAGCCGUUGGGUUGUCAAGGUGGAUAAAUGCACUGGUGAAGAACAUGUGUAUAGGAUCAGAGUUCCACAAGGAAAAGUGAUUCAAGCUUAA